AUGCUGGCGGCGCGGCAGCGGCAAGCCGCGGCGGCGCCCGCGGCCAGCAGGGCCUCGGGGGCGCGGGUCAAGGUGGGGAACCUCACCCCGGGGAUCUCCACUGUGAACCUCAAGGAUGCGCUGCAGCGCUGGGGCAUCAUGGGCAUCUCUCACAUCGAGAAGCCGCAGGGCAGCUUUGGCAAGGAGGCGGUCGUGCACUUCAAGAAGGAGGCCGACGCCGAGCUGAUGCUGCAGGCCAGUGGCAUCCAGGUCGAGGGACGAGCCUGCACGGUGACGCCGAUGGCCAAGGUGGAGAAGGCGUCCAAGGUCGACGCGGGCUCCGCUGGCUCGCAGGGCGGGCCCCUGGCGGCCGCGGAGACGAACCUCAUGAAGGUGGUCGGCAUGAAGAGCGGCUCGGAGCAGCAGGACCUGAUAACGUUCCUGCGGGGCCGUGGCGUCCUCGGCAUCGUCGAGGUGGUCGCCAGGGGCUCCACCGGGCUUGUGCGGUUCCAGCAGGCCGAGCACGUCAAGGCCGCGGUCAUGAAGGCGGACGGCGGCAUCAUGGGGCGCGAGAAGCACAAGCUGUCGCUGCAGCCCAUUGAUCAGGCGGAGUGGCUGAGAGUCCUCACGGAGCAGGUGCCGCUGGAGCCCCGCCGGCCCCGCUCCGCGCGCCGCCCGGACAUGGCGGUGAUCAUCUCGUAG